AUUUAUUUAAAAAAAUCGCAACUGCCUGGAAGCAAAGCAAAUUUGUUGCCGAACUGGUGAAUCGAGAAUCAGUUGAAGGCGAACAACCGAAGCGCCAAGAAGCAUCAGUAGCAGCUGCAGCAGCAGGAGCCAAGUAACGGGGCAUUUCCAACGGAUUUAUUUUUAGAAACAACAAUAUGACGACCACUUUUACAAUCAAUGGCAAGCCCUAUGCGGUGAAUCUGAGCAAUCUGCCGGCGGAUAUCACAUUGAACACCUUCAUCAGGGAGCACGCGCAGCUGACGGCGACGAAGUUCAUGUGCCUGGAAGGCGGCUGCGGCGUCUGCGUUUGCGUGUUGCGCGACGGGAAGCGCAGUUGGGCGGUCAACUCGUGCCUGACGCUGUUGAAUAGCUGCGCGCAGCUGGAGAUCGUGACGGCGGAGGGGCUGGGCAACAAGAGCAGCGGCUAUCAUCCCAUACAGAAGCGUCUGGCCAAGCUGAAUGGCACCCAGUGUGGCUACUGCUCGCCGGGCUUUGUGAUGAACAUGUACGGUCUACUGGAGGCGCAGGGGGGGCAAGUGAGCAUGGCCGAGGUGGAGAAUGCAUUUGGAGGCAACAUUUGCCGCUGCACCGGCUAUCGGCCCAUACUGGAUGCAAUGAAGUCCUUUGCCGUGGACAGCUGCAUUAAGCUGCCGGCGGAGUGCAUGGACAUUGAGGACCUGUCAGCGCGUAAUUGCCCCAAAACGGGCGAACUCUGUGCCGGCAGCUGUGUGGGCUCCACAUUGGUCCACACGGAUGGCAGCCGGUGGCAUUGGCCACAGUCCUUGACUCAACUAUUCGAGGCCCUGGACCAGGUGGGCGAGCAGGAGCAGUUUAUGCUUGUCGCGGGCAACACGGCCCAUGGCGUCUAUCGGCGUCCACUGGACAUUAAACACUUCAUCGAUCUACGCGCCGUGACAGAGCUGCAGCAGCACAGCAGCGAGCCGCAGCAGCUGAAGCUGGGCGCCAAUCUCAGCCUCAGCCAGGCCAUGGACAUACUGAAAGAUGCCUCCAAGCAGGCGGGCUUCGAGUAUCUGCAGCAGUUGUGGACGCAUCUGGAUCUCAUUGCCAAUGUGCCCGUGCGCAAUUCUGGCACUCUAGCGGGCAACUUGUCCAUCAAGAAGCAACAUCCCGAGUUCCCAUCCGAUGUCCACAUCAGCUUUGAAGCACUCGAUGUGCGUGUCAUUGCCUCUACGAAUGCCACGGAUGAGCAGCAAUUCUCACUGGCGGACUACUUAAGCUCCAAGGAUAGAAAACUCCUGGUCAAGGCAUUCCUGCUGCCAGCUUAUCCCAAGGAUAAGUACAUAUACGAAUCAUAUAAGAUCAUGCCACGUGCCCAGAAUGCGCAUGCCUAUGUGAACGCUGCAUUUCUGCUGGAACUGGACGCGGGGUCGAAGGUGAAGAAUGCUCGCAUUUGCUUUGGCGGCAUUCGGCCGGACUUUGUGCAUGCGACGGCCAUUGAGCAGCUGCUGGUCGGACGCAGUCCCUUUGACAAUGCACUGCUGGAGCAGGUGUUUGUUAAGCUGUCGACGCUGGUGCAGCCGGAUGAGGUGCUGCCGGAUGCAUCGCCCGCGUAUCGUUUGAGCCUGGCCUGCGGAUUGCUAUACAAGUUUCUCCUGAAGCGGGCGCCCCAGGCGGACGUAAGCGAUGCAUUCAGAAGCGGUGGCCAGCUGCUGCAGCGGCCGCUUUCCUCGGGCACACAGGUGUACCAGACGCAGAAGCAAAACUAUCCCGUGACGCAGGCGGUGCAGAAGGUGGAGGGCAUGAUUCAGUGCUCGGGCGAGGCGACGUACAUGAACGAUCUGCUGACUACAUCCAACACAGUGCACUGCGCCUUUGUGGGCGCCACCAAGGUGGGCGCUAGCAUAGAGCAAAUUGAUGCGGCGGAGGCACUUCGUCAGCCUGGCGUGCUCGCCUUUUACUGCGCCAAGGAUGUGCCCGGCACGAACACGUUCAGUGAUCCAGACUUUGGUUACGAGCCGGAGGAGAUCUUUUGUGAGGCCCGUGUUCGCCAUUAUGAGCAGCCCGCGGGCCUGGUGGUGGCUCUGAGUGCGGAGUGUGCACAGCGCGCCGCUAAGCUGGUGAAGAUCAGCUAUGGCCAGCCGGAACCGGCGCGACCAGUGCUGCCCAGCUUAAGUGACGUUUUGGACAUGUCGCCAACGCCGGAGGCGUCGCGCAUUGUGCGCGAGGUCUCCGCGAAGCCGGGCCAGCUGAAGUGCUCGGCCACGCCGGAUAAGAGUGUGCGUGGUGUCUUCCAGAUGGGCCUGCAGUAUCACUUCAGCAUGGAGCCGCAGACAACGGUAGCGGUGCCCUUUGAGGAUGGCCUCAGGGUCUAUUCCGCCACACAGUGGAUGGAUCACACGCAGUCCGUAAUUGCUCGCAUGCUGCAGCUGAAGGCCAAGGAUGUGCAGCUGCAGGUGCGACGCUUAGGUGGCGCCUAUGGCUGCAAAAUAUCGCGCGGCAAUCAGGUGGCCUGUGCCGCCUCCCUGGCCGCCCACAAGCUGAAUCGACCCGUGCGCUUUGUGCAAUCGCUGGAGUCCAUGAUGGAUGCGAAUGGCAAGCGCUGGGCCUGCCGUUCCGACUACCAGUUCCAUGUGCUGGCCACUGGCAAAAUAGUGGGUCUGGAGAAUGAUUUCUAUGAGGACGCCGGCUGGAAUACCAACGAGAGCCCCAUCUCUGGACACUCCACAGGUACCGCAGCCAACUGUUACGACUUCACCGAUGCCAAUUACAAGAUCAACGGCAACGCUGUGCUGACGGAUGCGCCCAGCUCAACGUGGUGCCGUGCACCUGGCUCUGUUGAAGGCAUUGCCAUGAUCGAAAACAUUGUGGAGCAUGUAGCGUUCGAGGUGGAGAAGGAUCCGGCCGAGGUGCGGCUGCUCAACCUAUCCAAGGGCCAUAAAAUGGCAGAGCUGCUUUCACAGUUCUUGCAGUCAAGGGAAUAUCAUCAGCGGCGCAAGGAGAUCGAGGCGCACAAUGCAGACAACCGUUGGAUCAAACGUGGCCUGGGUCUGGCCAUAAUGGACUAUCCGAUCUUCUACUUUGGCCAGUAUCCGGCAACGGUGGCCAUUUAUCAUAUAGACGGCACAGUCGUUGUCACCCAUGGCGGCAUUGAAAUGGGUCAAGGCAUGAACACGAAGAUUGCGCAGGUGGCCGCCUACACGUUGGGCAUCGAACUGAACCACAUCAAGAUCGAGUCAUCGGACACAAUUAAUGGCGCCAAUUCCAUGGUCACCGGCGGUGCUGUGGGCAGCGAAAGCGUCUGCUAUGCUGUGCGCAAAGCCUGCGAGACGCUCAACGCCCGACUGCAGCCGGUGAAGAAGGCCAAGGCCACUUGGCAGGAAACGGUGCAGGCGGCCCAUGCCGCCUCCAUCAAUCUGAUUGCCUCGGAUCAGUAUAAGGAGGGCGAUAUGCAGAAUUAUCAUAUUUAUGGAUUGGCGCUAACCGAAAUCGAGCUGGACGUGCUUACGGGCAACAAUCAGAUCAAGCGCGUCGAUCUGCUGGAAGAUGCCGGCGAGAGCCUCAGUCCGAACAUUGACAUUGGCCAGAUCGAGGGGGCGUUCGUCAUGUGUCUGGGCUACUGGCUGAGCGAGCAGCUGAUCUAUGAUCGCCAGACGGGUCGCCUGCUCACGAAUCGCACGUGGAACUACAAGCCGCCGGGCGCCAAGGAUAUACCCAUUGAUUUUCGCAUCGAACUUGUGCAGAAUCCACAGGCGAGCAGUGCGGGCUUUAUGCGUUCCAAGGCCACCGGCGAGCCGCCCUGUUGCCUGGCCGUCAGCGUUGUCUUUGCCUUGCAGCAGGCAUUGCAAUCGGCCCGCAAGGAUGCCGGAUUGCCAAGGGAGUGGGUGCGCCUGGGUGCGCCCACAACACCCGAAACGUUGCUACUGAAUGCUGGACACGAUGUCAAAACCUUUCGGCUCAAGUGAAAGAGUGGAGGGCACAUGAAUACAUACAUAUAUUUCACAUGCACAUACAUACACGUAUACAAACAUUUAUGCACUUGCACAGACGAUAGUUCAGUUUUCUCUAUAUCUGACAAAUAUAUUUAUACAUACAAAAAGAUGUAUGUAUCUAAAUGUA